ACCUCGAUAUCGUCCGAAAACUCAUUGGGUACACUCGGGGACGCUCGGGAAUGGCGUUCGAAAACGUCCUCGGUGCACCCGAUCGGGGAGAUUUACACCUUGUUCGACUAGGUAGGGACGGUUGGGUAUUUUAGCGCGGGAAAAGAAUUCGAAUAACCGUGAACCGUGGGAACUAACCUUAACCUUAUUUUUCCGUGAGCACUCGGAAACACAAACCUCGGAAAAUGGAAAAGUUUGAUCCAACCGUCCACGUUUUGUGCGUAAAUAAGGCACAACAACCACUUAGGGAUGAAGAAAAUCCUAAUCUGGUGGCUUAUUUUAACACGAAAUGUAAGUAUAGAAAAUAAUUAUAUCCUCAAUCUUUUUCGCGACGUUACCGUUUCAUGAUGCCCGAUGAUGGUAUGUACCAAUACUACCAAUUAAUAAUUUUAGCCCAGACAGUCGUAAUGCUUCUGGAAACCGAGGCAUUCCCGGAAAAGUUGACUUCCCAAGUGGAACUGGAGAGUAUCGAGACUUCUAUGAUGAAGACCCAGGAGACCAUAGGCCUAGGUAGUGGUGACUCUCUUGCAAACCCCGAUGUCAUGGCCACAACUCAGGAUGAAUUUGACGAUGAAGAUGACAGCGUAGCUAAAAAUGCUGCUAAAUGGCACGAUGAUAAUGCUAUCAGACACCUCAUUUACCUACGAAAAGUAAAGCUAAAAUCCCUAUUUGAUAGCACUGCCCUUUCAAACCAACGUAAGUGGCAAAACUUAGCAACUGAGCUUGCAGCUGCAAAACUAGGCAACAAGUUCUGGACGUUUACUUGGAAACAGUGUGAGGGCAAAUUCAAAGACCUAGUAAAGAAAUAUAAUAAAACAAAAGAUAACCAGAAAGAUACUAGUAGUGGAGCUGUUCCAAUAAGGUUCAAGUUUUAUGACGACAUGGAAGAAGUUAGUAGGAACAGUGUCUCAGUGAAACCUUUAUCCACAGCCAGCAAUUUAACAGCAGGUGAUGACAAGAUAUUAAAUAAUCAUGGUGAUGCUGAAUCAUCAUUCUCAUCCCAAGAUGAGAGCAGCAACGCAACAGAGAGGAAAGAAAAAAAAACAAAACUUGAGAAUAAAGUUGAUUCUCUGUUAGCUUCUAUUAAGCAGAAAGACGAUGAGAAGGAGAGGAAUCAGCCGUCACAAAGAAGUGCUCACUACGCAACAGACUGCAAUUGACACGUACCAGCAGGUGAUGAAUCGUUUGAUUGACAAACUGUAAUCCAUUAUUGUUUUUAAGUUUGCUUUUCAAACUAAGCAACAACUCUAGUUUUUAAAUUAUUUACUGUAUCCUAUACCUAACAUUAAGUUGACUUGCAUUGAAGUCAGGUGUUAAUUGCCUUGAAAGGUUGAAAGUAGUAGUAAAAGUUUCGAGAUUAUUUUUAAGUUUGUAUUAAUGUAAUAUUUUUAGUUUAUUUAAGGGAGCC